AUGGACAAAUCUAGUGGCCAAGGCGGACGCUCUGGGCAGCCUAGUGCGUAUAAGGUCAAUGUCAACAGGACCAAGACGAGGAAAUGGGUGGAAGCCAAGACGGUCAACUACGACGGCGACGACUGGGGAGCUUCCGACGACGAUGAGCCCGAGUCGCCCGACGACGAGCCGCCUAUGCCUCGCGGACCUCCUCCUCUGAGCAAUAGCAGGUUGCCAUCCGAAACUCGAAUACCUGCCCUUAGGCGCCCGACUUUCCCUAUCCCCUCUGCAAACCAACCUACGCAGGAGCCCAUUUCCACGCCGACCCAUCCCCCAGUCGACUCUCAACCCCCAGCGCCCUCCUUCCCGGUCUCAUCUAUCGCCGGCCCCCGGCCCCAAAUCAGCAAGAGUCCGUCGAACGAUUCGCGCCGGUCUCCAGACCAAAAGACCCAGAACAGCCCGCCUGCACCGGAGCCGCGGAAGCUGUCGUUUGAGCAGGGACCGGAGGACACUGGAGCGGACAAGGAUGACUCUCCUAAGCUUCCCAGUGUCGCACGAAUGUCGACAUUCGGCUCAGACAUGUUUUCAGGCACUUCCGGUAGCUUGAAGAAGCAGAACCCAGAGAAUGGUGUACAAGGGGAUAAGCCUGUUGGCCCCUCAGCUCCACGGAUGGACGAUGUUCCUGAAGCGCCCUCGAGUGUCGUUGCUCCAAACCCGCAACGGCCAGGAUUAUCUGGGGGUUGGGUGGCAGAAACACGGUCUAUUGACAGUGGAAAGGUGUCGAACCCCUCGUCUAUGAACAGCACUCCUAAUAUUACGUUCAAUGCUCGCCCUCCUCCAUUGGCGGUCCCCUCCAGCCCAAAGGCGCCUGAAGGGCCACCAAACGCUCCGUACCUCCCUCCCCCUCCAUCAUCGGCGGUGGAUCUGCCGUCACUGCAUGGCAGUACGGGUAGCGGGGAUUCCUCCCCUAUAAAGAAGAGCGAUGCACUAAGUGACGAGAUUAUGCGAUCGUUAACUCCCGGCGGGAUACCUACGACGACCCCGAGCCCUCCGGCUGACAUUGGACCACAGGAGGUUGCAGGAAAAUCUGACGUUGAAGACUUUCUCAAUAACCGUGGUGAAUAUUGGGGCGAGAGCUCUAAGCAGCCGGCUGCACCAACACACCCCCCUGUCACUGCUGGGUCUACAUCCUUUGAUAGACCUUCUCGCCAACAGUCCCCCCAGGUGGACUCAAAGCAACUGGAAUCGGGCACAGGGCCAGCUUCUCCUGAUCAUCUUCUACGCAACAGAUUCUCUUGGGAAAAGGUUGAGCAGCCCGCACCUGGGCCGCCACCAGCUCCGGUGGACGGUCCAGAUGCCAAGGCGACACCACCCAGUGCAGACUCAGCGCCGAUCCCAGUAGAGAGCAAGGAGAGUAUCAGCAAUUCCCCGGAUUUGCCAAUAUCUCCAACCAUUAUCAUGGUUCCUGGGUCGGGCUCGCCUGAUCUACUAGGCCCAUCGGGGCCCCCGGAUAUUAAUAAUGAUCGAGGUUCGCCUGGCUCAGACCGUCACAAUACUACGAAUGCUCCUUUCCCUAUCCCAACAGCACAAUCUCUUGAAAAGGAAGUUCUCCCUCCAUCUCCAACCACCAAUGAUGCUCACUCGGCGACAUUCGAGGUUCCCAGGGAGAAGGAUGUGAUGUCCCUGAAGGAGAUCAUGAAUACAUCUCCAGGGGAUCGGUUGAGCAAGUUCCAGACAACGAGGCUUGAUAUCGCCAUGACAGACUCGGGCCUCAACGGUUGGAUGGCGGCCCUGAUGACAGUGCGUCCGGAACAUGCCAACGCGACUUGUUUCAUGGCCGGCGGCCCAUCUCUGCACACGACUACAACACAUGGUUCUACGGGACAAGGGACAAUGGGUUCGUCACAGGAGUCUGGAGCAGGUGCCAAACUGGCACGAGUAAGGCUUGCAGGGUUUGGAGAACAGGCACAGGCUGCCGCUGAAAGUGCCUUUGGUCAUGGAGGCAACCAAAUUGGCCACAAGAGCAAGGAGUUCAUGCAAUCGGCGGGCAAGAUGGGCAAAGGCCUGUUCAGCAAGGGCAGGAGUAAACUGCGUGGAACCGGUGACAAGAAGACGCACUGA